GCUAGCGUCUAGUAUUUGUGAAGCAUUCAGGAACGUGAGCCGAAAGAAGUGAAUUAAGUAUAGUUUUUGUCAGAAAUUUAAUAACCGAGACCGGGACAUUUAAUUCUAAACAAUGCUGCUGUUCAAAAGGAAGGCAUUCUACUUCACACUGCUACUAGUGGUGCUGAGCAUGUGCUUGGACGAAACGGAAGCCAGGCGAAAAAUUCUCCGCGGACGCCGGACCAUCACUCGCACACAUAAACGUGGAACCGUCAUUCCUGCUUGGGCCAUCGUCACACUGGUCGGUAUCGCGAACAUCAUCCUCGGCGGGCUCGCCUAUCUGGUGAUGCGCAAAACGAUACUACAAACACCGAUAGAAAAUGUCAACUCGUACACACCUGCAAUGAUGCAGGAUGAUUCGUAAUCGUAGUGAUCCGUGCGUUGAGAAUGCUCUUCUAUCGAAAAUAACCUUUACUUACUUCUUUUACAAUUUCCAUACUGUAGUAAUGUAAGAAAAUGUCAAAUGUCAAGCAUCAUCUGUUAAAAAUACCCGAUAUAGACUGGUUUAAAUGUUUUCAUUGUGACUGCAAGGAUGAAUGCUAUAAUGCUACGCUCAAAAUUGGCAUGUUGUACGAAAUAAAAUAACAUACGUUAAGAAAAUCAAAGUUCAGUGUCUUUUAUUCAAAAGUACGUAAGCAUAAAACGAGUGCUGAUUUUCUGCGCUAGUAAAUAUAGCACAAUAAAAUACAUGAGUAGUUACCAAUCUAAUAUUGAUACUCUUCAUCUGAAAAAUGUAACUAUUUGUUUUAGUACUAUCUAUCAAUUAGUCAAUGAUUAUAAUUUAUCUCCUUACAUUAUGGCUGUUACUUAUUCCAAGAAUGGAAAAUUUUUGAACAAUUUUUCGCUAUCAUUUCGAAGGUUACGCCGCUCUGCUGACCAUAGAUAGAUGUAUAGAAAAGAUACUGACGUCUACCAAAUUAUACAAUUCAAAUCUAGCUGUUUAGUUGUU